AUGGAGAAGAAACUAAAACUGGCUAAAAAGGGUGCAACCGUAAGAAAAAAGGUUGUCAAGUUCAAUGAGGCAAAAGAGACUGACGUAAAGUCUAAACCCAUCAAAGAGAUAUUGAAGCCCUCUUUCGAGAAGAUAAAAGAAGAGAUGAGAUCAUUAGACUGAGAGUCAGGAAAUUUUACCUUUCUACCAAUCAGAUACUCUCCUGCUCUUACCAAAUACCAAAGAUAUGAAGAAUUCAAGAGCUUCAUGAAAUCCAUUAAAACCAGCAUUCAUAAGAAAAAGCUUCAGGACUAUUUCAUAAAAACUCAGAAGAAUUUCUGUGAAGACGAGGAUAUCAAAUCAAAUUCUUACUUAAAGCACUUCAUCAGAAACUAUGAUAUAGAGAGAGUCAAGCAUGAGAGGGUCCUCCAAAGCUUCGCUAUUGGUAGAAAAAUAAUCCCUCGGGAGAACACUGAUCGGAAGAUCAACAUGGAAAUCCAAAACAGCGUAAUGGGGGUAUGCAUGAGAAAGCCUAAGACCGAGAAUAAGAAUAAAACUAAAGCAAAUAAGAACAUUCUGCCUCAUUUCACACCCAAAAAUGAUGUGUUUGGGUCCCUUGAUCUUGCCAAAAGAACUGAUGAAUAUUAUAGUAAUUUUGCGAGAGGGACUCUCCAAAAUGACAUCGAAAAGAAAAGUAGGAAAAAGGCCAGAAGGAAGAACAAGUCUAAGAAGAGCACAUCUGCACAUAUGAGUCAGAAGACACUAACGAAUUCUCCAAAAACUGCUGAAAAAUCAGUGGUUCGCAAAAACCUAGAAAAUGAACGGAGAAUGUACAUACUCCAUCGGCUGAGGAAGAGAGGAUAUGUUGUUGGGAAACAAAUGAAAUCAAUAAAACACAGAGAUGGGUCAACUGGAGAGACCCUCAAGCUUAUCGAGGAGUAUAGCAACACAAAGAUCGACCUGUAUAAUUUAAGGAAAUAAGCUCAUUCAAAGAAAGAGAAGAAGUAUCGAGCCCAUCCUUCAUACUGAGAAAGUUAUGGAGAAAAGAGAGAAGAAAAAACGAAGCGUCUUUAGCCCACAAACCUCUAUUGACGAAAGCAAGAAACUUAGAAUUUCUCUACACAAGUCUCCAUAUCAUUCAAGGAACAGAAGCUCAAAAGAGGUCUUUAAAGAAAUCAAUAUGUCUUUGCCUAAUCCAAGAUACAGAAAAGCCUUUAAAAAGAAGUGCAGGCUGCCAAGCCUGCACCAAUCAAUGAUUGAAACCACCCACUUUAGUAACACUGCAGACUCGAUUAAUGAGAAUGACGAAUAUAAUCUAGAGAAUCACUCCAACUAAUUAUAACUGUCAUAAAAUCCUUCAAGAAUAGCUGGAGUUUUGCCAAAUAUGUUCUUAAGCGCUUCUAGUCUAUCAAGACGUUCUAAACAUUCAGGAAUCUUCAUGUCCAAAGACUUGUCACAAAUGGCGCAGAGCUCCAUAUUUUACUAAAAGCCUCAAA